AUGUGUUCCCCGAACGUGAAUGUCCUGCUCUCAUCCUUCCCGGGUCUCGCACUGCCAUCGACCCUUGCAUUCUCGCUACCUUCCACAUCCACUAUUUCAGAUCUGACGGACAAAGUCGCGACAUAUCUUCCAUCGUCUCUCUCCCUCCAGCGCCUCAUCCUCACCACAACCAACAACAAACAAGUCACACCCUCUACAGCUCCUCUCCGAUCUCUCAUUUCAUACAACGAUGAAUCUUCCACCUCAGUCCUGUUGCCUCUACGCCUCUCGGUACCACUAUGUGGAGGCAAAGGUGGUUUCGGAUCCCAGCUUCGUGCUGCCGGUGGCCGAAUGUCAAGCAAGCGAAAGCGCAACCAGGGUGAUAACAAUAGCUCAAGUCGCAAUCUCGAUGGCCGCCGUUUGCGCACGGUCCAUGAAGCGAAGGCGCUCGCAGAAUAUCUUGCCGUCAAGCCGGAGAUGGAUAAAAAGGAGAAAGAGGAGCGCCGUCGCCGAUGGCAAGCUGUAGUUGAGAUGGCCGAGAAACGUCAGGACGAAAUCAAGAAUGGCGGCGGCAAGCAAAAAAUCGACGGUCAGUGGAUGGACGAUAAAGAGGAAAUGAAUGAGAAGGCACGAGAGGCCGUUCUUGCUGCGAUCAAGGAUGGCGAUUGGACGGAUAGUCUCCGCGAUGCGAUUCUGGGAGGCUCGAGUACCAGCGCGAGUGAAGGCAGUGAGAACGCCUCUUCUUCUAGUUCCGAUGAAGAUGAAGAUGAUGAGGGUCAAGAGGCUGGAGCGUCUUCCAGUGCUGCCGGGCCUUCUGUGCCUGCACAAAAGCCUGCGCCCAGACGAUUCAUCGGUUUUGACGACGAUGAUGAAUUUAUGAGUGAUUCAGAAGAUGAGGAGGUUGAAGAGCCUGAAAGUAAAGGCAAGGGCAAAGCUCGUGCUUAA